AUGGUUGCAAAAAAGUUGGCCCCACAGCCACAAGAGAGCCCUAUUCGAAGUUCGCAAAAUCUCAACUCAGUCAACACCAUCACCACCCUCGACACGGCCGAUCGCUCAUUCCCCUCCGGCAUCACGACAACCGCAAUCAUGAGCUCCACCAACUCCGUUCAGUGCUUCGGUAAGAAGAAGACGGCUACUGCUGUCGCCCACUGCAAGGCCGGUAAGGGUCUCAUCAAGGUCAACGGACGUCCUCUCCAGCUCGUCCAGCCUGAGAUUCUCCGCUUCAAGGUCUACGAGCCUCUCCUCGUUGUUGGCCUUGACAAGUUCGCCAAUGUAGAUGUGCGCGUUAGAGUAUCCGGAGGUGGCCAGGUGUCACAGGUCUACGCUAUCCGACAAGCUAUCGCCAAGUCCCUGAUCGCCUACUACCAGAAGUUCGUCGAUGAGCACUCCAAGAACCUCCUCAAGCAGGCUCUCGUCCAGUUCGACCGAACCCUCCUCGUUGCCGACAACCGCCGUUGCGAGCCCAAGAAGUUCGGUGGUCCCGGUGCUCGUGCCCGCUUCCAGAAGUCUUACCGUUAA